CAAAUAAUUUGAGUAGUAAAAGAUGGCAGAUAGCGUCAUAGACCACCUAUUUGAUGAUGCGAUAUCAUCCGAUCUGCCAAUGCCAGGCGCUGAGCUGGACUUCUUCUUGGAUCAUCUUCCUGUUGAUGAUACAUCAACCUUUUCAGUGAAGGAGAUACUAGCAGGAGGAAAUCGAGACCUCUGGGAGUUUGAUCCUGAUGUAGACCAAGAUAAUAAUAUGGUGAAAAAGGAGCUGCUAAGUGAUGGAGGUAGUCCUGACUCGUCCGGGGCAGACAGGUACUCCAUUAACUCAGAUGAAGAGCGAGAUCCACUGAAUCUCAACAACAACCUCCUCAAUGUAGACAUCUUCCUUAACAAACCCUCAGGAGCUGAUAACGAUGUGCUGGUGAACAUACCUCAACGUACUGGGAUCUACACUACAGGCAGGAUCUCACAUAGAGGCAGGGUCAAUACUGACGAUCUGCGGUGCAGCAGUGUGAAAGGAAGAGAUAUUACAGAGGAAGAGAGGAAGAUGUUAGAUGAGGAAGGAGUGACCAUUCCUUACAAUGUUAUCCUUACUAAGAACGAAGAGCGAGCACUAAAGAGGGUGAGAAGGAAAAUAAAGAAUAAGAUUUCAGCAGCUGAGAGCAGGAAGAGAAGGAAGGAGUAUAUUGGGGGUCUCGAGAGAAGGGUAGAGGAGCACACAGUGGUUAACGUCAAGCUGCAGAACACUAUUGAUGAGCUACAGAAAAGAAACAGAGGUUUGAUGGAGCAGCUGAAGAAAGCUGUUUGCGCAACCAAGAAGUUCACAGUCGGAUCCCAGACCACAACAUGCCUCAUGGGUAUCCUACUUUCCUUCACAUUUUUCCUCUUCCCUCUCUUCUCGUCACCAUUCCAGUCAGUCGACACACAAACUACAUCAAAUAUCAUUCCUGGCAGAAGUCUGCUAUCAAUCUCAGACACGCCGAAGGCCUCCUUUAUUGAGAUAAUAGUAGACUACAUCGUUGAAAAAUUGGACAACACAAUGGAUAUCUAUACCUCUACCUCCGAGACCGUGUUUAUCAACAACGACACGCUGUUUCUAACUUGAAGUUUUCAAACGAUUUAUAGAGACUGAUAUUUUGUUGUUUUGUCGAUAGAAUCAUAUUCAUAACAUUUUUACAGAUCAUUCAACUCGGUGCGCGGUAAAACAGCAUUGUAGUUGUACAGCAUUGUCAUAAUGUAUGCCACUAUCCGCAUAUUUUGAUGAUAAUUUCAGUCAUUUGUACCAUGGAGCUGUUUAUUGAUGACCGCUGUUAUUGAUGACCGUUGUUGUUUUUGAUUGAAAUUAUAUGAAAAUCCAUUUCACCAGCCUAUUUGAAAUUCGCUAAUUUCGAAAAUUUCUUUUAAAUUAUUUUCUUGUAAAGCAUGUAUAAACGUAGGGAUUCUUAUUUUUCUCAAAUUUACAAGAUUGUCUCCAUUUUUAUUUUACUUCCCGAAUUUCCACCAAACAAAA